ACUACUCAUAAUAACAACUGCAGUUUAUAUUCAGCUGGAUAUAGUUAAAUGACUUUAUUAUUGAAGCCAUCAUAAACUAGAAAUUCAAAUUGCUGCGUAAGAUAACUCGUUGGUUUUAAUAUCCUAAUAUCUCGAUAAAUUAUAUUUUAUGCAACAAAAAUUAGACAGCACGACAUUGUUUCACUUGCAAAUUUCAACACCACAAUUAAAUUAUACUAUUAGUAGGUAGGUAUCGUUACAUUCCGUUCGAAGAUUAAAUACAAUUAUGGAGUUCAUAUCAGAAAGGAAUAAUUUCAAUUACAAAAAGAUUUAUCCCCAAUGUAAUCCGAAGCUAGAAUAUAUUCAUUAGCAACAAUAUUCUACGCCUACAAUUAACAUUUUGUGAAAAAUACUAACUGUUAUUCAAGAUGACUUCAGGACCCUAUAACUACUCAUACAUAUUUAAGUAUAUUAUAAUUGGAGAUAUGGGAGUUGGUAAAUCAUGCCUCUUGCAUCAAUUCACUGAUAAAAAAUUCAUGGCUGAUUGUCCUCACACUAUUGGUGUUGAGUUUGGAACGCGUAUAAUCGAAGUUGCUGGACAAAAAAUCAAGCUACAGAUUUGGGAUACAGCUGGACAAGAAAGGUUUCGUGCUGUCACUCGAUCUUACUACAGAGGUGCAGCUGGAGCUCUUAUGGUUUAUGACAUAACAAGAAGAUCCACAUAUAAUCACCUUAGCAGCUGGCUGACAGAUACUCGUAAUCUGACUAAUCCUAGCACUGUGAUAUUUUUAAUUGGCAAUAAAUCCGAUUUAGAUGCCCAAAGAGAUGUUACUUAUGAGGAAGCUAAACAAUUUGCUGAUGAAAAUGGCUUGAUGUUUGUUGAAGCAAGUGCUAAAACAGGGCAGAAUGUCGAGGAAGCAUUUUUGGAGACCGCCAAAAAAAUAUACCAGAGCAUACAAGAUGGCCGGCUGGACUUGAACGCGGCGGAGUCGGGCGUCCAGCACAAGCCCGCGUCCCCGGGCCGCCCGCUCGCCGCGCCGCCCUCCUCGCGCGACAACUGCGCGUGCUAACUGACGACCAUCAUCACGCUUACACCGUGAGCUAUGUUAACAUUAUUUUGUUCACAACGGAAUACCUAUGAAAUAUGAUCGCGACAUCAGUGUAAUUAAGCUACCGUAAAUGUUCUCAAAUAUUUGUUCAAAGACCAUUUGUUUAUUUACACCUAGACGAUAAGUACAUCAAUGCUAAAAUAGAAGUGGAGUCUGUGUCAGCAUAUAUUACGCUGCGGCGUAAUUGUGUCGGCAAAUGAAAAAACACUACAAAAAAAAAACUGCAAUUGUACAUUAUUUGCAAUGCAACAAUGACUUAACUUACACCUGAUAUUUAUCAAAAUACCUAAUUUCGAGGCAUAUUUUAUCUGUAUUUCCUAGAAAAUAUUAUAUUAGUGUACAUUCCAUAAUAUCAUGUAUGUUUGAAGUAAUAUAUAAGCGCAGCGUUGUAAGUUUCCAAACCUAAAAUGAAAUUAAUAUUAUUUAUAAAUAAUGAAUUGUUUAUACUCAAGAAGAUAGCAAAACAUAUAGAAAAAAUAAUUUAAAACGUUCAAGUAACAAUAGAUGCACACUAUAUGUCAAAAAGCACACACCACUUUAUGGAUUUAAAAAAAAAAGUGUCAACUGUUGUAAACAUGGCGAAAACUAUUCCAUAAUAAACCAAUUGUUAUGGUUUAGUGGGAGUUCCCACUGUAAAUAUUAUCGAAAAUAUCAAAACGUGUGUGGAUUCUUAAUAAAGUGUUUGGUUCUGUUUUCGUUAAGAGCUAAUUUGAGUAUAUAAAUUAAAUUCUUAGUGAACAUAGAUUUCUUCUUGUCUACACGUAUUUAUUUAUGAUUUAAGAAGAAUUUAUUAAAUGUUGCAUUGUCACUGUCGUGUAUUUAGGUUGAUAAAAAUCUAUUAUUGUUAUAUUCUAAAAAAAAUAUACCUUUGAAAUGGUAUUGACCAUUUAAUUUUUACUAUCGAAUAAGUUACGUAAAAAAUAUUCUGAUAAAUGUUUUUAAUAUAACGGGCGUAAGGGAACCUUUCGAUUAAUGAUCCCUAAUUAUAACUGAAACAUUAUGACGCGUAGCAAUUAAACAUUGUUUCCGUUUAUGUCGAAAUAUUUCUUUUAUAUAAAUAUAUAACUGAAACAGU